UCCAUACAUGUAGAACCAUACAUGGGGCUUUCCACACCUCUGCUCAGACUUUGUGGACGGUCCCUUACUGGCCCCAUGAGGUCUGAGACGUUCACGGAGCCGCUCUGACUGACUGUUGUUGAACUCUCUAGUGGAGAGGGAAAAAUUGGCGAAGAUGCACUGAAACCGACAAAACUGCCAAGGACCCGGACUUCAGUUAUCUGGUACACAGUUGUACUGUUUUACAAGUAUGAGGAGCAUCAGACCGACGAAACGGUCUCAACAAUUUAAUAGAGAUGGCUGACGUUGAGGAAAAGAAGGAUUUUCGGCGCCCACUUUAAAGCCACAGACAGAAUAUUUCUUUUCUGUUUCCAUUCAUUGGUGUUGAUCAUACCAUGAGCACACUCCAGCAGCUGGGAACAAUGUCUUUUUUGAUAAAAAAGAAGAAGUUCAAGUUUCAAGUGCACUUUACAUUGGAGGAGCUUACAGCAGUGCCUUUUGUUAAUGGAGUGCUUUUCUGCAAGAUCCGGCUGAUAGAUGGUGGGGACUUUGCCAUUUCGUCAUCCAGGGAGGAGGUGCAGCACAACUGUGUUCGAUGGAGGAAGAAGUUCUCUUUUGUGUGUAAAAUGAUUGCGAAUCCAAUUACUGGAGUGUUGGACCCCUGCAUCUGCCGGGUCUCUGUACGUAAGGAGCUCAAAGGAGGAAAAGCCUUCUCAAAGCUAGGUUUUGCUGAUCUCAACAUUGCAGAGUUUGCUGGUUCGGGCUCCGCAGUUCGCUGCUGCAUCCUGGAGGGUUAUGACACCAAAAACACUCGACAGGACAACUCUAUUCUCAAGGUUACAAUUGGGAUGACUCUUCUGUCUGGGGAUCCCUGUUUUAAAACGCCUCCCAGCACAGCCAAAUCUCUCUCCACUGGGGACGAGGACCCCACCCUGCAGCUGGACUGUAAGGGUGAGAGCACUGAUUCCACAGGGCAGCCACUUGGAGGCAUCAGGGAAGGUCCUCGCACCUUCAAACCCAGACAAUCGUCAGUACGUAGCUCAGGGCUUCCUGAGGAGGGAGAGAGUGUGUCCAGCCAAGAUGAGGUCUUUCACACUGGACAUUUCAGAAGCUCCAGCUAUGCCAGCCAGCACAGUAAGAUUUCAGGCUAUAGCACAGCUCACUCUCGCUGCUCCAGCCUGACUGACCUCAGUCACCAUAGGAACGCCUCGUCCAGCAGCAAUGUCUCCUGUGGGCUUGUCCAACCCUGCCAGCUAACUGCCUCCAGCCCCACAGAGCCGCACCGACAAGCAACUCCAACCAAACCGGAGAGACCUCCUCUACCCUCUGCAGCUGCCCUCAUGUCCAACAGAUCCUCCAGGAGGAAGAAGGACACUGUGGAGAAGCAGCCCAGCUGUGUGGACGACACUCGCAUUGAUGCAGAUGACAUUGUGGAGAAGAUUGUACAGAGUCAGAAUUUUUAUGACAGCAGCAACAAGGAAGACAGCAACUUGAGACUGUUUGUGAGCAAAGAUGGGACCACUGCCCUCAGCGGGACACAGCUCGCCAACAGAGGAACACCUGGUAUUUUUGAGCCAGUGGUCAUUGAGACCCACUAAAAGAUUCUGUACUUUAACAUCUGUCUAGCCUCAUCAACUGGUUAAUGAUUCUGUGACAUGAGAUUGUCUGUCUGUGACUGUAUGUGCAAGUAUGUGUAUACUUUAUCUAGCUUGAAAUAAGACUACUAUGAUUUGUGUGUGUGUACUGUAUGUAUGUGUGUGUGUGUGUGUGUGUGUGUGUGUGUGUGUGUGUGUGUGUGUGUGUGUGUAUAUAUAUAUAUAUA